UCUACAUGGAUGACCUUGACUGCUCUGGGACCGAGAGUAGUUUAUUCGACUGCUCGUACCGAGGAUGGGGUGUGCAUGACUGUAGUCAUAGUGAAGACGUCGGUGUCGUCUGCGCCACAUCAGCGGAUACCAGCUCUCGCAUCCGGCUUGUUGGCGGCUCCACCUCGUAUGAAGGCCGUGUGGAGGUUCGACCAGUGGACAGUUACGUCUGGGGCACGGUGUGUGACGACAGUUUUGACAUGUUAGACGCCGCUGUCGUCUGUAGGUCACUGGGGUAUACUGGGGCACAGGAAUACCGAGGCUCUGCUAGUUUCGGACGAGGCUCCGGUCCAAUCUACAUGGAUGACCUAGCGUGCACUGGGAGCGAGAUCAGUUUGUUCUCCUGCUCGUACCGAGGGUGGGGAGUUGAGAACUGUGGCCAUAGUGAGGACGUCGGUGUCGUGUGCACAAGUUCAGGUCAAGGUGGAACAACAAACCCAGACUCGGACAGGGUCCGACUGGUGGGCGGGUCAGCUGCGAGUGAGGGCCGCCUGGAGGUCCGGCCGGAGAACAGUUACGAGUGGGGGACCGUUUGUGACGACGACUUCGGCACGGCGGACGCAAACGUCGUCUGCAAGAUGCUGGGAUACUACGGAGCCUACCGAGUGCGUGGCAGUGCCUACUAUGGACAAGGAACUGGCGACAUAUACAUGGACGACGUUGAGUGCUCUGGGAGCGAGAUCAGCCUGUUCCACUGCUCGUACCCAGGGUGGGGGGUUGAGAACUGUGGCCACAGCGAAGACGUAGGGAUUGAGUGUAACACGUCAGGUACAUCGCUGAGUGGUGGCGCCAUCGCUGGUAUAGUCAUUGGCGUACUCGUGAGCAUCUGUCUGCUGGCAACUUUAAUCGCCUGUGCGUGCAAGAGCAGUUCUACUUCUAGCGGCAGCGCCGCCAAUCGGGUCAUACCUGCAACGCAUGGUCAUCAGAACUUCAGCAUGACAGCCAACACCAUCGUGCACCAACCCACUGUGGUGACCCAACAAGCUGCUUAUAACCCUCACUACAACCCUCAUCAAAUCCCCACCGUGUACCAACCUUACGCCCAACCUCCUCAGUACCCCCCUCCCCCAGCUUACACGGAUGCUUUGACUAUGCCAACACAGCCACCAGGCGGAAACGGGCCACAGUUACAGCCGCUUUCUGCACAGCUCUACCCGCCCAGUGACCCUGCCUAUCCCCCUACAUACAUACCACCACAACAGUCUAUGCUUCACACUGGUGUUCUGCCUCCGGUACAACAACCAGGGCUCUAAUCUUAAACCAACUUUUUUUUCUUUCAAAAUUUCCUCCUCUUACUGUGGAUACUUCGACAAAUUUUAACCGUCCUCGUUUUUUGUGAAGCCUACUAGUAUUUUUCUCAAACUUUUGUAUGCAGAACUAUAUAAACAGACCAUUGUAAAUGACUUCCUUUAAAAUCCUUUCCAAUAAUUUCGAGCUACGCCCGAGACCAGUGAAACUAGUAAGCUAUAGGUCUCUGUCAGGAGUAGAAGAUUAUCGUACUUUCAAGAUGUGUCAAAGAACUGUUGUGUGCAUUAAAUGUACAUCACCUGCGUGUAACGGACACAUGUAUGCAGAUGGUUUUUAGUCACAAGUUUUAUUGGAAUUUCUUAAGUGUUCCUUGCCUGACGCUAUGAUUAUGAGUAACAUUGAGUGUGUGUAUACAACAAUGUGAUUUGAAGUUACUCUGCUUCACUGAAAUGAUUUAUUUGUAUCUACGAAAAGUCGAAAUGCUCCUCCAAAGGAGGUGUCCUAACAUAAGCUGAUUAAUUUAGUAAAGAACUAUGGCGUCCAUGCUUACCCAAUUGUAAAGGUGAGCUGUGAAUUAAAAACUAUAGUUUUGUACAGAAAACUAGAUAUGUUUAUCUUUCUCUCUAUAUAUAUAUUCGGUUUUGAGAGUUUGAAAAAUCACUGGAAUAAAUAAAAAAAGUUUGAGAAAUAGA